AUGGGGAAUCUUCAGAUCUGCGGCUGCCUCCUCCUCUUCCUCGCCGCCGCCGUCCUCCGGAGCUCGGCCAUCGUCUUCGCCCCAGCGGACAAAUACCUCCUCGAUUGCGGCGCCACCUCCCCGACUACGCUCGACGACCGCCGUGUCUUCCUCCCCGACGAUUGCUCCUCGACAUCCACCUCCUCCUUCGCCCUCCUCUCUUCCCAGGAUUCAACCCCCGUUGAAGAUCCCAACCCUUCCACUGCCGCCGUCUCCGACCUCUACCGCACGGCUAGGAUCUUCUCGGCGCCUACGUCGUACCGCUUCCGCAUCAGGGACAGGGGCGCCGCCCACCUCGUCCGCCUCCACUUCCGGUCCUUCUCGUCCCCGUCGCACAACCUCUCCGCGGCGCGUUUCCAUGUCGUGGCGGGUCGCUUCGUCCUCCUCAGCAAUUUCAGCCUGGUGAGUGUUGACGGCGGUCCCCUGCUGAAGGAAUACAUUUUUACGGUGGAAUCCGAUUACCUCGUGAUCACGUUCGCUCCGGCCGAUGCUUCUUCGUUGGCAUUUGUUAAUGCUAUCGAGGUCUUCUCUGGGCCGACAGACCUCAUUUCCGAUCUUGCGUGGUCAGAGGCAGAUAAUGACUACAAGAAUUGGGGUCUGUCGGGGCAGGCCUUGGAGACUUUGUACAGGAUCAACGUUGGUGGUGCCAAGGUGACUUCAUUUAACGAUACCCUGUGGAGGACUUGGAAGGCUGAUGAUGCCGACUUCCUCAAGUCAGGGAUCUCCACGUCAAGAACUGUCGCCUUCAGUGGCCGGGUAAAUUACAGGGAAGGUGGUGCUAGCCGUGAGGUAGCCCCUGACCAUGUGUAUGCCACUUCCAGGGUGACAGAUUCCAAUUUGACUUGGGUGUUCCAUUUGAAUCCUGGUUACAAGUACCUUGCUCGGAUGCAUUUCUGCGACAUCGUUAGUUUGGCCCUCAACCAAUUAUACUUCGACAUCAUGAUCAACGGGAAGGUUGUCUAUGAUAAUUUUGACCUCUCAAAAGCCACCGACCAAUCUCUGGCUUCUCCUUUUUACAUUGACUUCGUUGUGAGGCUGGACAACACGAGAUUCUUAACAGUUGGGAUCAGUUCUUCUAGGCUUGGUUUUCCAGCGAACAAUUUGGGCUUGUUGAACGGCUUGGAAAUCUUCAAGAUCAAUAACACAGUUGGGAGUCUUGAUGGGACGGUGUUGGCACAUGAAAUUUUGGAGGAUCACACGAAAGGAAAUUUUUUCAUGUUCCUUCGUUCACUAUUAUGCGGUUUCACUUUCAUAAGCUUGAUUGCUGUCGCAUUUAUGUUGGUGCAAUGGUUGAGGACGGAGACCAGGAGCCCUGUGGCAUGGUUGCCUUUGCCUGUUGAUGCUGAGGAAAGAAAACUGAUGCGUGAAAUUCCCAUUACUUCAGGUAAGACAGUGCAGUGA